CCAGCCUCGGAAGGGUAGCCUGAUCCCAGUGCUCGCUGGCGUUGACUGGUGUAGUGUGUCGUAUGUGUGUGAUUUUUUUUACAUGUCUUUAUCAGGGAGGUGUCUAACUGAGAGUGCAGCGAUUGCUUCAUUCUGCAUGUGGCCGGGCGAAGGCUUCUGUUGUGUGUGUGUGUGUGAGAGAGAGAUAUACAGGGAAAGUACUGGCGAAAAGAAGUCAGCCGAUUAAUUCCAAAGCCUGCAUCUGUUUCGCGAUUUAAUUAUUUUUCUUCGUUGUGAGAGAGGCCCAUGUUUUGACCUGUUUUUUAAUGCUGGAUCGCGGGCGACACAGAGGACACAUUACAGCCGGUUACUUUGUAUCCCUGAAUCGCUUGGAUACAUCAUCGCCAGAGGCCUUGUCGCAAAUCCCGGGCAGCGCCACAAUGAUACAUUUUGUGAUUCUGUGACCAUUGAAACUACCAGCGUCGCUUCGCCUUGCUUGGGGUUUCCGGAGCGGUUGUGAGUCUCUGCGCGAGUGGUAGGGGGAGCGACCAGGUUAUGUAUUGCAUUGAACUGCUGCUGCUAAGCUAACAAAUUUCACGUCACAUGCCAGUGAUAAUAAACCUGAUUCUGAUUCUGAGGAUCUAGUUCUUUCCCAGCGGAUAUGAUAAACAAGCUCUUCUUGGAGUUCCAGCCAGGUGCAGGUCAUUUAUAAAAAUCACGAAGAUUGAGGGUCCCAGAUCAGAUCCCUGAGGCAUUCCACUGGUGACUGACCUCCAUGCAGAAUAUGACGCAUCUACAACCACUAUGAUAGGGUGGAGAUCAGGAGAGGUCCUGAUGAACGAUCUCAGUCCGAAACAUCAGCUGUUUAUUCCCCUCUAUGGAUGCCGCCUGACUUGCUGAGCUCCUUCAGCAUUUUGUGUGUUGCUCUGGACUUCCAACAUCUGCAGAAUCACUUCUAUCUAUGAUUUGCUGCUCCACUGUGAAAUCUUUUCCAGGUGGAAUUUCACUCGCCAGGAGAAGGCCUCGUAUGUUCCAGGGGAGACUACAGAUGGAAAGCCCUUUGCUUCGCUGGGUCUGGCACAUGGCUGACUCCCCUCGUAGCAACAGCGUGUAUCAGGACCAAGGCUCAAAUCCCUCCACCUCAUAACUCACAAGGGGACGGGCGGAGGUGCGAAGGGACAUUCGGAGGUCUAUUAGCCUCGUGUUUGGGAAUGGCUCUGCAGAAUCCUGCCUGCCCCUCGCUCCAAGGCGCUCCCUCCAUGGACUCGGACCCUACAAAGAGGUUGCCCAGAAAGUGAAUGGACACUUAAUUUACCCUCGCCCCAAGACUUUUAGGUUGCUUUGUGCGUGUGUGUGAGAGAGUGCGUGGGUUGUCUGCAUCUUCAACUUUUUUUUGGCUUUGCGUGUUCUUUGAACAUGACCCAUGGCGAGGAACUUUCCUCUGAAAUGCACCAAGAUUCCGUCGUGUUGACUUACCUCGAGAGCGUACUGAUGCAUCGAGCGGCGGUGGCCAGCGCGGCCGGCUCUCCUGGCAAGAGUGGCCCUGAGGGGUCGGCGCAUCCGGGCAGAGGGGCCGAGGGAGCGCUCGACACGGCCCCCAUCCCCGGCCGACCCCCAGCCCCUUCCCCUCCCAGGGCCGCCAGAACAGGCCCUGCGCUCAACGUGAAGAAGGCGAGGCUGCUACAGGGGGAGGCGUGGGACGGGGCAAAGAGGAGGAAGAUCAGUGGUCAGGAGUCCAAGAGUCCGGAGAGACCCCAGCAGCAAACCCACAGCACCCUGCUGGCUUCCCUCUUGCAGUCCUUCGGCUCCGGCGUGCAAGACCACCAGCAGCACGGCGUGUCUCCGGGAAGCCGAGCUUCUUCACCCGAGGAGGAGGAGGAGGAGCCCGGGGCCUGCGGGCGGCUAGCAGCUCUGCUGGAUGAUGGGAAGAAUGAGGAGCCCCAGCGGGAGAGUCCGCCCAUCCCCGGCGCCCAGCGUCUCUCUUGCUCCGCCCGGCUGAAGGCGGUAGCCAGCAUGGUGGGCAAAGGCCCCAGCGCCCCCAGCUCGCCCAAACCCAGCGCCGCUUGCAGCCAGCUCGCUCUGCUCCUCUCCAGCGACUGCCAGCUCCAGCAGUAUUCCCGUGCACGGUCCCUGGCCCCCUCAGCGAGUCAGCGGCUAGCGGCCAUCGCCAGCAAGAAGCUUGCCGGGGUCCCGCCGCCGGAGAGGCCGGCUGUCAAGGGUCCCGCCUCGGUACCGCGGGACAGGGCCAGCCGCUCGCCCGCUUCCCCGGCCACCGGCAGUAGCCUCCUGAAACACCUCCUGAACUCGCCCAAGCUCCCAGCCGCUAAUGGCCACGCCUGGGCGGCAGCGGGAGAAGUGGGCUCCCGUCCCGGUAGCCACCCGCCAGCUGGUGGCAGGCCAUCCAGAGAGGGUGGGGAGGAGGAGCGGGGAGGCAUAGGCCGCCGAGUCGAGCCCGAAGCCCGCUCCAACUGCACUCCCAUGGACCUGUCAACCAAGGGCAGGGUAUCAUCCGCCGAGCCCGCGUCCCUGCAGCCUGGCACCCUGGAGCAGAUGACCGAGUCCCUGCUCUUCAGUUGGAACCCCAAAGCCCCCGGGCUGAAGGGCCCUGAACCCAAGGUGGACGAGGAGGGCACUGAACGCAAGAGUCACCAGAAGGUCACCCUGCUUCAGUUACUACUGGGUCACCACCAGCCCGGUAGCCGCACCCCAGAGCCUGGUGGGGAAGCCGCCACGGCCCGGAGCAGGCGGCCCAGCCAAAGAGAGCCCUUCCCGUCCCCCGCUCCCUCCUUGGCGGAGAGGAGUACCUCCCUGAAGCCCCGUGGUAGCCUCGGGGCCCGCCGGGGCCAGCCCGCCUCCCCUGCUGACUGCCCGUCGCACACCCUGCCCCUGCACGCCGACUCUGCGGCGAGGCCCCGGCCCAAGCCGGGCGACCUGGGCAAGGCCCAGCGCUUCCUCCCGGAACGGCCGGUGGCUAGCGAGUCACCGCUGGCCGCCCCCUUCCCCAAGCAGCUCUUCCCGCUGGAGUUGCGCCAGUCCAGCCCCUGUGCACCCGCGCCGGUGCUGGCAGGCGACGGACGCCUCUCCAACUUCUCCUUCAGCGCCAGUAAGUUGCUCCACGACCUGGCGCGCACCGGCUCCCAUAGGUCACCCGAGCCCAUGCACUUAGAGCCCGAGCUCAGGGCCUCCCUGGAGCCCAAGGUGGCCAAGGAGGGCGGAGGGCGCCCACUCGGAUUCCAGCGGAGUGAUCCCGGGGCGGGACACGAGCGAAGGGCAGGGCGGGCAGGCGACCUGGAGAGGCGCAGCGUCCUCCAGCUCUUGCUGAGGAGCACUGAGAAGGAGCGCGGACAGCCGCGGGCUAGGCGGAGCGAGCAGCCGGCAGCGCCGGAUAGCCUCGGUGAGGCCGAUACCGUCUCCAUUGUCAAAGUGAAGACUGAGCCCAGCGAAGAUGACGAUGGUAGAACCCCCUUCUAUAAGGUGGAGGAGAGCCCCGAGUGCCAGAGGCGAACCUCAGGGACCCCCUUGCUGCUGGAGAACCUGAAACAAGAGGUCAGGUCACCCCAGUCCCCGUCUCCCCUCAUGUCCUCCAGCCACGCCAGGGGAGGGGUCCUUAGCCAACUACUGCGGCACAGCUCGGGACCACCGCAUGGGUACCUUUCCAGCGGGCCGGCCAGCUUAGAAGCAUCGGCCACCCCCUCCAACCCUUGCCCCGGGCUGAGGCACCUACUGCCCAGUUCUCCAGCCGAUCGCCGGGACCUACAGAAGAUGCCAGAACGCCCAGUGGCCAUUAACGGUCACGCUUUCUACUCCAACGGGCUGUCAGCUGCGGAAGCAGGCUGCAAACCCCAGGAGCGUGGGCCUGGGCACGGCGGCGCGGAGGCAGGGCCCCGCAGUUACCUGAAGGAUACGCAAGGGUUCAAUGUACUGAAGCAGCUACUGCUGUCCGAGAAUGGCAUCAAAGCUCUGUCGGAUCACCGCACCCUGCAGAACGGUGGCUCCGCGCGGGACCUGGGCGAACCGAAGGCACCGGGUGGGGCCCCCGCCCAGUAUUACCGUGAGCGCGACCUCAGGAGGGGCGGGAAGGAGAGUCCAGUGCAGCCCCCCAGGUAUCCUGGGACAGCCCGGCUCCCUCAGCCCCAGAGAGGAACCCACCCCGAGCCACCCUGGCUCACCAAAGCCAACCCGAUACUCUAUUACAUGCUGCAGAGAGGCGGGGACGAGGUCCAGCCCAGAGCGAACGAAGGAGAUGCGUUUAGGAAGGACAGGAAGAGGCACCAGCCUCGUUCCAAUGCCGAGAGUCAGGCCGGCCCUUGCUGGGUGAAGGAAGAGCCAGAGGAACCCCUGGCAUGUUUUGGGUCCCUUCGCGUCCCGCCACCGCCAAGCCCCGGGCAGAUCAUGGAGAAAGUGGCUGCAAUCAAACGCGAGCCAGACUGAGGGAAGGGCCUCCGGCGAAAGCAAACAGAUCAGACAAGCAAGAAGACAAUCUUGUUAUUAGGACCAGGUCUUGUGCAAUAUCCCGCGGGUCAGCUAACGGGAGAGCACAUGCUGAAUAUAUAUAAUAUAUAUAGAGAGAAAUGUAUAUAAUAUAUAUAACAGCGCCGACAGACAUCUUACUGGAGGGCGUGCUCAUGUUUGGAACUUGUAUCUGUUGUCAGGAAUGUCAAAAUAUUGGGAUCUACCGAUUUUUAUAUUAUAAUUUUAUAUAUAGACAGAUAUAUAUUACACACAAAAACACACACACUCACUCACACACACACUCACUCACACACACACACACACACACACACACACACACACACACACACACACACACACACACACACACACACACACACACACACACACACACACACACACACACACACACCACACACACACUCACUCACUCACACACACACAA